CCCCGAAGGAGAGAAUGCUUAAUUAAAUAUUAUUGUCUUCGAACAAUCAACAUGUCUCCAACUGAUGGCUCCCCUGUGUACUUUGUGUCACAUUUUACCAAACCUUACAGUGACCGAGAUACCAAAUAACAUUUCCAAGUUGUAGAAAAAGUAACAACUCUUUGAGCAAUAAUGGUCCAAGAGAAAUACCAGAGCUUAGGAAGUAAUAACCCAAUUGCAGACCCUCGAAGCCCUGCUGCCACUGCUGAAUAUGAGAAUUAUUACCGUGAAUUUCCUAAUGAGCUGGUAAACUCGAUACGAAAUGAAGAUCAAGCAAUGGUAGCUCGCAUUGUUGGUCUUAUACAAUCUGGCGCAUCUCAGGAUAAGGUUCUUGGGGCAAUCCGGAGCGCAAAUAGUUAGUGGGAAAAAAAGGGGAUAUUCGCCACGGUUCUGCGUAUGGAAUAGUCUAGUUGCAUUUGAUUUAGGCUAUGGAUGGCUCUUUGCGAUGAGAAUUUAUCAUCACUAAUGGGUAGAACCAAUAAAUGUUACAAGUUCUAAUGCACUGAACUUUUACGGCCAAUAUCCGCCAGUGGCAUUCGUUUAUAACGACGGUCAAGCCUCAAUUCAUAAUAAUACGAAACAGCUAGCUAUUGUGC